AUGACCAACGUUACCAAAUUGUCAACCCUCAAUUAUCUCAUGUGGAAACUUCAAGUCCACGCCCUGGUUGAUGGCUAUGGUUUUGCUGGUCAUCUUGACGGCUCGAGUCAGAUCCCUUCUGCCAUGAUCACCACCGAUGGUGUUGAAGCUGAGAAUCCCGCCUAUGUCAACUGGAAACGCCAAGAUAAGUUGAUUUAUAGUGCUCUUCUUGGCUCCAUCUCUUUGACCGUUCAACCUAUCCUUUCCUGCACGACCACUUCCUCCAAGAUCUGGAGCACUCUUGCCGAUACAUAUGGCAAGCCCAGCCGUGGACAUGUUCAACAGGUUCGAGAUCAACUCAAGGCUUGGACCAAGGGCAGUCGCACGAUUGACGAGUAUCUUCAGGGGCUAACAUAUUAUAUAAGUUAA